AUGCAAGGUGAGGGAGACUCGCUAGAGAAGGAAACGCAUGAUGCUGCUGCUGCUGCUGCUGCUGUUGCUGCAGCAACAGCAGCACCAACCACAACAGCUACUUCAGAGCCGCACCCAGCUACUUCCUCCUCCUGCAGCAGCAACAGCAGCACCGCCACCAUCACCGACACCAACACCAGCAACACCAGCAGCAGCAGCAGCAGCAGCAGCAGCAGCAGCAGCAGCAGCAGCAGCAGCAGCAUGUAUGAGUGUCCACCUGAGAGGCCCCCGCUGUGUUUGUGGCCGGGUAAGGCUUUGCUAGAGAAUGAUUUGGGGGCCCCCAUCGCAGACAGCAGCAGCGCGAUGAGCUGUGCUGCGCGCUGCAGCAGCAACCUGCUCUGCGGUGCUUGGGUGUAUAGGGGGCACCCUCACCAUACAUGUCAGCUGAAGCGGCUUCCUGCUGCAGCAGCAGGAUCGAUAGCUGCUGCAACAGCAGCAGCAGGUGCUCCUGGUGCUGCAGCAGCAGCAGCAGCAGCAGCAGCAACAGCUGCUGCUGCUGCUCGUGCAGGUACAUCUCCAGCAGCAGCAGCAGCAGCAGCAGCAGCAGCAGCUCUCAGCAUGAAGGAGACAGCAACAGAGCGGCUGCUGAGGAGACAAAGAACUAGAAAAGAGGUCGAGAGACACUGCAGCUUGGUGCCGUUUGCUUUUGCUGUUACGGGGCUGGCAGACUGCCCGCUGCGUGGGGACCCCACACGUGAGUCAAGACACCGCAGACAAGCGUUGCUGCUGCUGCAGCGUAAGCUGCUGCUGCAGCAGCAGCAGCAGCAGCAACGCAGACGCAAAGCUGCUGAAAGACACAGAGAAAGACAACAAAAAAUCAAUGAAAGGAGACAACACAGAUAUAUCGCCAAAGAACUCAAAAAACAGCAGCUGCUGCAGCAGCUGCAGCAGCUGCAGCAGCAGCAGCAGCAGGAAGAGCAGCAAAUGCAAGGGGAGGAGGAGCAACAGGCACAACAGAUACAACAAAUACAGAAACAGCAGCAGCAGCAGCAGCAGCAAGUGCAGCAGCAGCAAGAACAACAGUUGCAGGAGGAUGAGCAGCAGCAGGAGGUGCCUCAGAAGCAACCGCAGCAGCUGCAGCAGCAAAAGAUGCAGCAGCAGGAGGAGGGACAGCAGCAGCAGCAACAGGAGAAGCAGCCAGGACAGGAAGAGAGGCAACGGCAACAACAAGAGCAGCAGGAACAGCAGCAACACGAGCAGCAGCAGCAGCAGCAGCAGCAGCAGCAGCAAGAGCCGCUCCCACUCUUCGCUCAGCAGCUGAAGCACAUGCAGACACCGGCUGCCCCCCACGGGCCUCUGCUGCUGCCAAGCAAGCAGCCAGAGAGUCUGCUGCAGCUGCCGCAGCUGCCGCAGCUGCCGCAGCUGCAGCAGCUGCAGCAGCAGCAGCAGCAGCAACUCCCGCAGCAGCAGCAGCUAUUCAAGCCGCUGGAGCUGCAACCUCUGGCUCAGCUGCUGCAGCCGGGGCAGCUGAAUCUGCUGCCGCUGCAGCAAACGCAGCAGCAGCUGUUCGCUGGGCCUAAAGACUCCUCCAAGCUGCAGCAGGAGCAGCAGCAGCAGCAGCAGGAGAAGCAGCAACAGCAGCAGCAGAGUUUAAGUAAUCCUCAGCAGCUGCCGUUGCUGCGCCUUCCUCCCUUAAUGCUGCUCAAGCCGCCAUUCGAGCAGCAGCAGCAGCAGCAGCAGCAGCAGCAGCAACCACGACUGCAGCAGGAGCAGAGCUCAGGCGCUAAGCAGUGGCCCCAGGCUCCGCUGCUGCAGGGAUUGCUGCAGCAGCAGCAACCCUCACAGCAGCAAAGCUCGGGGCAGCAGCAGCAGCAACAGCUACAAGUGCUGCAGCAGCUGCAGCAACGAAUGCAUUUCCCUCAACAAGCGCAGAGGCCCCCAGCACAGCAGCAGCAGCAACACCAGGCCUUGCUGCUGCAGCCGCAACAACCCUUGCUGCUGCAGCAGCAGCCUUUGCUGCAGCAGCAGCAACAGCCCUUCCAGCAGCAGCAGGCACCUGUACAGCAACAGCCCCUUCGGCUACAGCAGCAAUCACCAUUGCUGCAGCAGCAGCAACAACUCUCGCAGCAGCAGCAGCCACCCUUGUUGCAGCAGCAACCACCACUGCUGCAGCAGCAGCCACCACUGCUGCAGCAGCACCAACCAUUACUGCAGCCGCACCACCGAGUGCUGCAGCAGCAACCACCACCGCUGCAGCAGCAGCCACCAUUGCUGCUGCAGCAGCAAACACCACUGCUGCAGCAGCAACCACCACUGCUGCAGCAGCACCCCCCACUGCCGCAGCAGCAACGACAGCUGCUGCAGCAGCGCCCCCUACUGCUGCAGCAGCAGCCAGCAGUGCUACAGCAGCAGCCAGCACUGCUGCAGCAGCAGCCACAGACGUUGCAGCAGCACCCCCGAGUGCUGCAUCAGCAACAACCAUUGCUGCAGCAGCAAUCCGUGCAGCAACCAGGGCUGCGCUACUCAGCUCUGCGCUGCAGCUGGCUGCACACUGCUCUGCUGCAGCAGCACGCACGGCACCGUGAGCAGCAGCAGCAGCAGCAGCAGCAGGAGCAAGGGUCCAGCAGCAGCAGCAGCAGCAGCAAAGCGGCAACAAUAGCAAUGCAACAACAGCAGCGAAGGCAACGGCAGCAACAGCAGCAACAGCAGCAACAGCAGCAGCAGCAGCAGCAGCAGUAG